AUGAUAGAAAUUAAAGGCUCCUGGUCCACCAAGCGAGGGAAGGAGAACUACAACCCGUACAGUUAUGGAAACAUCCAGACCAACUGCUGCGCUGCUCUGUGUGGACCUCUGCCUCCCAGUUUGAUUGACAGGAGAGGUCUGAUCCAAUCAGACACACCGCAGACCGUCUCCCAGGGCAACGGGACCGUCUCCCAGGGCAACGGGACGGCCAGCCACGCCUCCACCCGGAUCCACAGCCGCACGUGUGAUCAGGAUAAGUGUAUCCAGAGCACCAAGUCUGUCCUCCAGGCUGCAGCCAACAACCCUGUGGUCCUGUCUCCUCUGCUGGGGAAGUCCUUGUCCCUGGGGGGCCCCUGCGCCCACCUGCCCCCCCCCCAGCCCUCCCUACCAUCCUGCACCGGUGGGGGGGGUGGGGGUGAUGUCCUGACCCUGAGGGACACCGUUGCCGCUGACUACCACUGCCACCUCCACCACAACCACCACCAUCAUCACCAUCAUCGUCAUCCUCAUCGGAGCCACUUCGUCAGCCCUGAGGAGACGCCAUGCCCCACGCCACAGUCGUGCGCGCCUGCCCACGUGCACGUGCACUCACACCACGCCCCCUGCCCCCCCACUGCCCCUGCCCCCACCCCUGCCAGUCUGUACGAUCCAGCCAAUCAGGACGCUCUGCACGAAGACUCUGUCAGAGGGCUGGUUAAACUCAGCUCCGUCUGAACCAAAACGCUUCACCUUUUUAAGCUGGACCCUAGUGUGUGUGUGUGUGUGUGUGUGUGUGUGUGUGUGUGU